UUCUGCUAAGAGCUGUUCCUGACUCCCCUGACCCCAGAAGGGGUUUAUCACUCACUCCUUCCUCAGUGUCCUCUAGCACUGGAUUCACGGCUGGAUUAGAACAUUUAUCACCUGCUGAUUAAUUGUUUUCCAGGCUGUUUUCACAGCUAGUAUAGCGUCCUCUUCACCUUUGUGAUCACGGCCAGCACCUGAUAGCUGCUGAGCACUUGUCAGCAGACAGAAUGAGUAAAGGGCUCAACUAAGCUGUACUGUUAAUUCUUGAACACACCUGCUCCUUCCUUGCUUAGGAGCUUUGUGCCCGCUGUACCCCGUCGUGCAUGGACACACACACAGGGUGUGGUGACUGACCAUGAGGAAUGCAUCACAGGAUGAGCCCAGAAAGUACCUUCUUCCUGCCUUUUACUCCCUCUCUGUCUUAGGGAUGGGAAAACUGAGGUACAGAGCUAAGUUAGGACUCCAGGCAGAUUUGCAUCAGUGUAGAUGCAAAGAGGGACCGGGUGGGGAUUUUUGAAAGGCAUGCAAGUUCCCAGAGGGUUAGGUUCCUCAGGUGGUUUGGGAUCAGCUGGCUCCACUUUGGUCAUUUGAUAGGUGGGAAGAGAAGUGGGGAGGUGAGUUACUCCUGGGCCCUGAUGAGGAUUCUGGGCAGGUUCAGGUCUGGGAAGCUGAGGAGCUCACUGCUGGAGAAGAACUUGGAGAGCAGACUGGUCAUCUCGGAUCACGAGAAGUGCUGGCCUAGGAAGGGCACCAUGACCCCCACGGGGACCCAGCGUCCGUUGGCCGAUCAGACCUACGCAGUGCCCCUCGUACAGCCAGACCUGCGGCGAGAGGAGGCCGUCCAGCAGGUGGCGGAUGCCCUGCAGCACCUACAGAAGGUCUCCGGAGACAUCUUCAGCAGGAUCUCCCAGCGAGUGGAGCUCAGCCGGAGCCGGCUGCAGGCCAUCGGGGAGAGGGUCUCCUUGGCCCAGGCCAAGAUUGCGAAGGUCAAGGGCAGCAAGAAAGCCAUCAAGGUGUUCUCCAGUGCCAAGUACCCCGCCCCGGAGCGCCUGCAGGAGUACAGCUCCAUCUUCACGGGGGCCCAGGACCCUGGCCUGCAGAGGCGUGCCCGCCACAGGGUCCAGAGCAAGCAUCGUCCCCUGGAUGAGCUGGCCCUACAGGAGAAGCUGAAGUACUUCCCCGUGUGUGUGAGCACCAAGCCGGAGCCUGAAGAUGAGGCCGAGGAGGGGCUGGGGGGCCUCCCCAGCAACAUCAGCUCUGUCAGCUCCUUGCUGCUCUUCAACACCACGGAGAACCUGUACAAAAAGUAUGUCUUCCUGGACCCCCUGGCUGGUGCCGUGACAAAGACCCAUGUGAUGCUGGGGGCGGAGACGGAGGAGAAGCUGUUCGACGCGCCGCUGUCCAUCAGCAAGAGAGGGCAGCUGGAGCGGCAGGUCCCAGAGAACUACUUCUACGUGCCCGACCUGGGCCAAGUGCCUGAGAUCGAUGUGCCGUCCUACCUGCCCGACCUGCCGGGCGUGGCCGACGACCUCACGUACAGUGCGGAUCUAGGCCCCGGCAUUGCCCCGUCGGCCCCUGGCACCAUUCCAGAGCUGCCUGCCUUCCACACGGAGGUGGCUGAGCCUUUCAAGCCCGAUGGGGUGCUGGCGGUACCCCCGCCGCCGCCGCCGCCACCGCCUCCAGCUCCGGCCCUGCUGGUCAGCGCGCCCCCACCUCCGCCCCCAGCCCAGACCGUGGCCCUGCUGGGACAGCCAGCCAGGGAGGAUGACGGCGGUGGCGCGUCUCCUUCAGUCCAGGGAGCGCCCAAGGAAGUGGUCGACCCCUCCGGUGGCCGGGCCACUCUGCUGGAGUCCAUCCGCCAGGCCGGGGGCAUUGGCAAGGCCCAGCUCCGCAGCGUCAAGGAGCGCAGGCUGGAGAAGAAGCAGCAGAAGGCGCAGGAGCAAGUGAGAGCCACCAGCCAAGGUGGGGACCUGAUGUCAGAUCUCUUCAACAAGCUGGCCAUGAGGCGCAAAGGUAUCUCCGGGAAAGGGCCCGGGCCGGGGGCCAGCGAGGGGCCGGGAGGGGCCUUUGCCCGAAUGUCGGACUCCAUCCCGCCUCUGCCUCCCCUGCAGCCAGCCCCGGGAGAGGAGGGUGAGGAUGACUGGGAAUCCUAGGGGCUCGCCCCGCCUUCCCCAUCCCCCGGACAGGCUCCCGGGAGGGAGGGGGCCGCGCAGGGCUGGCCAGCUCUGUUGCCUGGAGCCGCUGCAGGGGCCGCUCGCUGCCUGUGCCUCACCCACCGCCUGCGCCGGCGCGCACGCCUUUUCCCUAGAGACGCUUUGCGGAGAAACAGUACGUGAGUCAAUAAAGAAGUAUGACGCAAGAA